GCAUCAUGCCUGCACUGAUGGUAGUGUCCAUUGCUUACCUGGUCACAUCUGCAGCUGCCAGUUGCAGUGAAAAUCAACACUGCCGAGACUGUGACAGCAGGAGUGGCUUUUGCCUAACCACGUGUGACAGUGGCUAUUACGACCUUAAAUGUAGGUCUCUUUGCAGCAGCAGCUGUAAAAAUAAGAAAUGUAAACCCGUGAGCGGUGGCACAGAAGUGUGCACAGAGGGUUGUGUUCCAGGAUUUCAAGGCGUAAGGUGCAAAAUACCAUGUGAAAGUCCAGGAGGUAACUGUAAAGCAUGUCCAGGUGGUUGUGAUGGAGGAUACUGCCAGCUUAAUUCAUCCUGUGUAUCAGGAUGUAAUGGUUCCUACUAUGGGUCUGACUGUAAAGAAUGUUCCAGUAGAUGUAAGACAUGCAAUGGCUUUACAGGGAUGUGUGAGGACUGUUUUUCACAAUAUUUUGGACCAAACUGCGAGUAUUUAUGUGAAAACUGUAGGGACACGUGUGUAUUUGGAUGCCUGGAUGGCUGUGUACCUGGCUUUUAUGGUACUGCCUGUGAGAAGGAAUGCAAGACAAACUGUGGUUUCAGCCCAAUGAUGAUAGGCAAUAAAACUGGAGACACACGACCUGUAAUUAAUGACACAGUUGAAUGCAAUCAGUACAGUGGUGACUGUCGUCAUGGGUGUGUAGAUGGCUGGUUUGGGCCACAGUGCUCCUCAUGUUGUAAUAUUAACUGUAGGAAUGGGAGAUGCAACGAUGCAGGCGACUGUGUAGAUGGGUGUGUAGAUGGAUGGUUUGGGCCACACUGCUCCUCACGGUGUAAUGUUAACUGUAGGAAUGGGAGAUGUAACGGUACAGGGGACUGUGUAGAUGGGUGUGUAGAUGGAUGGUUUGGUCCACACUGCUCCUUACAGUGUAACGGUAACUGUAGGAAUGGGAGAUGUAAUGAUACAGGCGACUGUGUAGAUGGGUGUGCAUCUCAUCAUUUUGGAAGAAACUGUAUACCAUGCCCUGACAACUGUAUCAACCACACAUGUCAUACAAGCCAUGGAACUUGUGUUCAUGGAUGUACUAAUGGAUUCUAUGGACAAUCGUGUAACAACACGUGUGAAUUCUGCCUUGAUGGAGAGUGUGACCAGAUGACAGGAAUGUGUUUCAAAGGCUGCAACACAACCGGACACAAAUGCACACCUAUCUGCAGGAACAACUGCACUGUGGAUGAUUGCCGAUCAUGUCAGGAUGAGAAUGGGAUGAACGAGGCAAUCGGACUGUGGACUGGGCUUACACCUGUGGGCAUUGUGAUUGUAAUGCUAGCAUGCCUGCAUUCCAUCAAACGUUGGAGAACUAAAAGAGCUCAACAAUCAUCAAUUGUUCAACACAACGAGGAAGGCGUUCAGGAUGAUAUAUAUUCUGUAGAAUACCAGGCCAUAAACAGAUAUUGGCAGAUCAGAGAUGAAGAUAUAGGCAUAUCCUGUGUACCACCAGCUGUGAAGCAAGAGGAAUGUGGGCAUAGGCUCUCCAUGCCAGUGUUGGCAGAAUGUUUUUGUACAACAGUAGGUGGAACAUACAAUGAUGUAUCCGUGAGUUCUGCUGGAGAAACCCAGUCCUCCACUCAUAUGCCACAGAAUGUUGCAGACAGUGGUGCAACCCAGAGCUCUGCUGGAAAAACCCAGUCCUCCACUCAUAUAUCACAGGGUGUUUCAGACGGCGAAUCAUCCCCGAGUUCUGCUGAAGACACACAGUCCUACAUUCAUAUAUCACAUGAUGUUGCAGGCAGUGGUGCAACCCAGAGAUCUGCUGGAGACACACAGUUCUCCACUCGUAUCCCACAGAGUGUUGCAAGCAGUAGUGCAGCCCAGAGUUCUGCUGGAAACACACAGUCCUACACUCAUAUGCCACAGGAUGUUGCAGGCAGUGGUGCAACCCAGAGUUCUGCUGGAGACACACAGUCCUACACUCAUAUACCACAGUAUGUUGCAGGCAGUGGUGCAACCCAGAGUUCUGAUGGAGACACACAGUCCUACACUCAUAUACCACAGUAUGUUGCAGGCAGUGGUGCAACCCAGAGUUCUGAUGGAGACACACAGUCCUACACUCAUAUACCACAGGAUGUUACAGGCAGUGGUGCAACCCAGAGUUCUGCCGGAGAUAACCAGUCCUCCACUCAUAUGCCAAAGAAUGUUUCAGACGGCGAAUCAUCCCAGAGUUCUGCCGGAGAUGCCUGUUCCUACACGCAUAUGUCACGGGACAUGGCAGAUUCUGAUUCGUCCCACAGUUCUGCAAGUGAUGCUCAGUCCUACACCCGACUCUUGCGUGAUGUUUUUGUUGAUGAUCCCAAGACAGCCGUGAGCUAUAUAUCACCUGUUCAUAAAUAAAUGUAUAUGUAUUAUGUUACUGUAAGUCUCUAAUGUAUUUUGUCUGUAAUUCAAAUCUGAUAUUCAGCUCACUUUGAAGACAUCAUGUUUGGCAUCGUGAGCUGAUAAUGCAUGCACUAAGUGCUACGUCGCUGAAACUGUUGGACACACGACCUAUUAUCAAGGUUUACUGAUCUUUCAAAAUCAGCUGGUUCUACUUCAAAAUGAUAUACAUUUUCAAGAGAGAUGAUGAACCUCGAGCGUCUUUGAUUCAGAUGCCUUGGAACCCUGCAUGCUCAAAUACUUGUCAUGUGUUGUUUUCCUUAUUGUGGCUUUUGAAGGUCUUCUAGUUUAUGUAUCAUUUUUUCGAGGCUUUUCAUUCCCUCCUAAUUGCAGCUGUUCAUCUCUUAAAGUUGAGGCAAUUGGUUGCUGUUGGAGUUAACCCUUUCAGUUAGAUAUACAGCACAGUGGUCAAUGUUGCCAAGUUUUAUCAAAAGAGAACACCUAGAGACUGUGUGGCUGUAGAAAAAUGAUAUUUUGUUUCAUGGAACUAAUUUCGAAGUUAGACCUAAUGCGUUUCGGCCACCCAACGUUAUCACAGACCGCGAUACAUGAAUUGUGUUGAUGUGGUAACCUAACUUCCAUCAAUCAGAAAUACCAAUGCUUAAUGCCUGGAAAUCGCUUAUGCUGUUCACUGAGAAUGGUGCGUCUUGAAAGAGAAGCAGAACAGGAAGGUGCGUCUUGAAAGAGAAGCAGAACCUGUUGAAUGUGUUUCAGAGUGGAUUAUUUCAGUAUGUGAUGUUGUCAAUGGACGAAUGCACAAACUGAAAAAGAGAAAACACAAAUUAAACGAACCCAUUCUGUUCCAGCCAGCUGCCAUCAAUGAAGCUGCCCUACAUGAAAUGUGUGUAGUUUUUUCCAUUAUAUUAGUAUUAAGGCCAGUGUCUUAACUGAGGAAGACAUCUGCAACAACAAUACAUCAGUAUUAUCAAACGUUAACUUGACUCUAAAAAACCCAGAUGUCAUCUCUUUUUUUGUACUGGAUUCCAGAGGUUCAUACAAUCCGUUCAAAGAUCCAUAUAUUGCUGGGUCCAGCAAAGGUACCACCAAAUCCUUGACUCAAAGAUUAACCAUAACCCUUAAUACAUCACAGGAAGUACUUUAUUUUUUAUUUGAUGAAAACAUUUGUGACCAGUGGAAUAAAUACCAUUUGAAUUCUCAAAUAUUCAAAAGAUGUGUUUGACAUUGUGCUCGCUGAGAAACGAACCAGGUACAAUUUUGUGAAAACGUUUGAUUUUUCAACUUUGUUCACCACUAUCCCACAUGUCACCUAACAUAAGGUAAAACUUCAUUCCUUGAUCCAUUGGGAUUUUAUUAUAAAUCGCUGAGAGCUAAGGUAAAGUUACAUAUUUAUAUUCAGAGGUUCGAGCCAAUUUGUCAAACCUGAAAGUAAAUUGCAAGUUCACUGAGAGAAUGAUAUGCGACAUGCUGGACUUCCUCAUUGAUAACAUCCAUGUAAAAUUUUGGAAGAUGAGACACUGAGGCAAACGUAAGCAUCCCCAUGGGCAUUAAUUGCGCUCCCCUUCCUGAGAAUCUAUUUCUUUAUGCAUAUGCAUCGGAAUUUAUGCUCGGAUUGGCAAAGUCAAAACAGGGCUAUUUUGCCACGAAGUUUAACUUAAGCUUAAGUAUGUAAUCUAUGAACUGAUAUCAAUACCAAUGCUCUUCCCCUGUUUUACCCACCUGAACUAGAAAAUAUGACACCAAUGAAACAUUCACAUCUGUUUCAUAUUUUGAUCUAUGGAUACAGAGGUUACAAGUUAAAUUAUAGGUUACAACAUUGAAUGCCUCAGUGAAUAUUUAUGUUUUAUUUGUUCAAAUUUGACGCAUCAGUGACAUUAAUGAUGUCUGAUGCAAUUCCCUAUUUUCUUCAAAUUUGGGCUUUUAGGUCUCCCCUAAAAGAAGCCUUGCAUAUGCUUUUCGAUUUCUCGACUUUCUAAAUAGUACACAAAGUAUCUCCCUAGUGAUAUGCCCAGCAUAAUAUUAUGGCCAAUUACACCAAUCUAAUCCUCACUGUUUAUGUUAUGCUGUGUAUUAUGCUAUGCUUUAAAAGCUGUAUAUAAUUCUUUAUUUUAAUGUAUUGCUCUAUGCAUUCUCCCAUGUUUGCCCCAAACAUGACUCUAUAUAUCGCCUUGUAAAUUCCUCUAUAUAUUACAUUUUGAAUUACCCAAGAAAUGGACAGUAUUUUUACACUCACCCUGAGUAUUUUGAUAUCUACUCACUCUACGUAUUUUGUUAUACAUUACUCAGAUAUGUACCAACUAAUUAAUGUGUGUCUCGAUUCCUUUAUAAAGUUAUGUCUUCUUGUAAAUAAAAUGUACACAUGUGCAAUUGUCAUGUCUGAUUCAAGAUUGCUCGAUUACCCGAUCAAGACUCCAUUGUUCACAGGCCGUACGGUAGGGGUACUGCUGUGCACGUUC